UGUGUUACAGUCAUGGACGUUGUGGCAGAAGGUAUCACCGUUACGCACUACAUUAAUCCACAUUGUUUCUGGUACAAACCGAAUGCGGCCUGCAUGCCGGAAAAUGAGCAAUACGAGUUCUCUGUAAAACUCAACGAUAAGUGUGAGGUAUUGUACGGUGGCCAGUACAUCCUAGCGCAGACGGUAAAGGGACCCAAUGUCGCGGAGAUUCCGGGAAACGUUGUGGCAGUAUACAAUACCGUGCAACAAUACUGGAACCGGUGUGUGGUGGACGAAGUUAUUAUCUGUAUAGGCAACAAACGGAUCUACCGGCUUUGGGCGCUGGACGAAGGAAUACCCAUCCAAUCUAGCCCUGAGUAUGUGCGACCACUGCCGGAGGAAUUCAAGACCGAGCCGGCGCACGCGAAGCGAGGAGCGCUGAUGAAUAUUUUCCCUUUGGAGCCCAGGAAUUACUCGAUGGACGACGCCCCUCUCCGCAUGGGAAACCAAUGGUACGCGGGAGCAGUGUCCAUGAUGGAAACACUCCUGGAAUUGGCGUUAAGCGUGUCCAUGAUAGAGCGGGCACAAGUCGUAGUGCAUGGCGAACUUGUACACUUUGGUGAUAUGACGAUCAAGUCGACCGAUAACCAAGGGUGCGAUGUCUCGCAGUUUCUCUGCGAAAAUUGCCCGCAACAAGUCGAUCAGAGGAUCAGUGACCCGAUGUUUUUCAAUCGUAUUUUACAGCUGGGAACAUUGCGCGUGUGUCGCUAUCAAACUAACGAAGGGAUCGACAAUACGACCAAACAAAUAACCUGGAUGAAAAAUAAUCCAAGCCACAAGGACGUGUCGCCCCUUCUGCAGAUGAAUGUUCCACAGGGUGGUUUUAGCAAUGCACGUAAAGAAGGAACAAAAACGUACAUUGCUCCCGCCGGUAACAUCAAUAUAUCACCAAUUCCACAUAAUAUACGAAAACUGCGCGAUGCGGUCCAAAAGAAGCGAGCUAAUGCGUCGAAAGCGACACAAACGAACUCUGCUCCGGCUGGUGACGUCAAGAUAAUUCCAACUAUGAAACCCUUGGAAAUCUCUGACAUCGAUACCAAGAUAUCUCCGACUACAGCGGAACAGGGAAAACCGAGCGAAGAACCCCCAAUUCGUCGGCUAAAUUACAUACCGGCUGGUUUCUCGAUUGAAAGGGCGUUGGCAGAUUUACGAAUGCAAGCGAACAAUAAAUCCUAGUCACCAUAAUGUUAUUGAGUUUUUGAAAGCUCUAACC